GUCCAAUCAAUGACUUGGCCACGGAGCACAGCGGACCUGUGUGAGAGCAGUUUGUGACGGAGAGACAGAGGGAGCAACAUCAACGCCGUACGUGGAGCGUUUGAGCAUCACAGACAUCCACCGCAACGAUAAAACUGAAAUAACGUGACAAUACUCGAAAGAUACAUUUUUUAAAGGCGUCCUCUCACCGGUUUUAUACGCUUUUGUUUUAAUGAUAUUUUUUGUACUGGAGGGUAACGACGAACGGGGCUUCACUGCGGCUAAUCAAUUUUCCUCUUCCAGACCUGGGAAUUACAAUGAAAAAUGUAGGUGACACAUUUUCUCUCACAAUCCAGGAAUCACAAUAGCGAAGACGGCGAAGAAGAAAGCAGGGGGAAAAUGGUGACGGGUGCCGCAUCUAUAGGAUCAGCAUCCUCUCUGUGGAGCCCCUGCGUAAAAGAAAAACAGUGUGGAAACUGGUGAACAAGUGAAUGUGAACCUGUGAGAGAGAGACUUGUAGAAGAAAAGGUGGAUGCCACUUUGGAUCUCAACAGUACCGUCCCCGCACCACAUGGAGGUUUUCUGGGGGGUUUUCUCAGCUGCUUUCAAAGCCGAGGCUCCCCACUAACUACCCCUGCUCCUUUUCCACUAUUUUUACUUUCUUGUUGUUGUCGGGAUUAGGGGCUACAGACCUCUUCCAUUCUCGUCUGCUGUUUUGUUCUAAGCAAGACCAAAACCAGGUGCCAAACUGUGUCAAGAGAAGAAGCAAAAAAAUCGAUGAAACUAACCGUCACCAAAUCAUCAUAAGAAGAGUUGAUUUAGUCAUUUAGCUUUUGAAAACCUGAUUUAUUACCUAGAGUACAGCAUUAUUGAUCUCCCCCUCAACCCACACGCACAUUGCAACAUCCUGCAUCCCAUUAAAAUCCUAUUUAAUCUCAACACGUUCAUCACAGCACAUUGAAGAGAUAUUUCAGCAAACUUUAUAUCCAUUGUCUUCAGUCGGUGUUUGCAUAGCUGCUGCUCUCAACGCUGACACGGAGAGGCGACGAUCAGUGCAUUAUUGGUUCAAAGUGCUUUAUAAACGGAUCCUCCAGCUUGUAGUCGUGUGUUGCCGAAGAGGCGCGUGGUAGGCGGCGAUAACUCUGCUCUGACGCCGCCUGAACAUUUCAUGGCUUCGGCAGGACAGCGUUGGCUGGCGGGCAACACAAGCCACGUCUAACCUGAUAAAUAUAGACUCCACUAGCACCACCGCCGCUGCUGCUGCUGCUGCUGCUGCUGCUGCUGCUAUCUCAAAGGCUUGGAGAUAUCCCGUCGUCUCAGUCUGCGCUGUGAAACACUGUUGCCACCUUUCCUAUCUCCUUCUUCCAGUUGCUUAUAUGAGAGAGGCCUCUCGCUCCGCGUCGUCGUCUGUUUCUUCCUACACGUGGCGCUAAACAACCCGAAAGCCCCCUUUAUCUAAUCCCAGUGACCUCUUCAAUGUUUUUGCAUUCUUCCUUAUAUUCUACUUAAAAGAAAACAUGCAAUUUAAAACCUUUCACUGUAUUUAUAUUUACUGUGGAGGUGUGUAUGAACAUAACCUGAAGCCAUACUGAACACCAGCCAUACAAAUACCUUUUUUUUUUUUUUUUCUCUCAUUUACAAACGCCUCACAAUGUUUAGGAUUUCUUCAACCGAGUGAUCUUCGAACACAUCAGUGCACAUUCAGGGAGUCAACGAAGACACUGCCGGUGAAUAGGACUCGACGUUUCACACGUUUGGAUGACAGAACGGCUUUGUAAGGUGUCGUUUUUUUCUACCCGUGUCUUAACUAGAUCGUACCGAAUCUGUGAGCGGACAGCCCGCGGCGUCAAGCGUGGCAGUGACUGCGUCGAGUUUCCGCCGUCGCCCCGUGUUCCUCUGUCUUGACGGAUGAAUCCGGACAUUUUCAUGUCUGUUCUGUGGGCAGAACCUCUCUGCCCCGCUAGAACCGGGCCCAAGCCCUCCUUCGUUCUCUUUUGUUGGGCCAAGCUAAAUUCAGAGCAAAGACACUCACACAAGGGUAUCGAACGCACAUAGAUCCUCCCGUUUUUAAAAAAAAAAAAAACUUUUUUCUUUGUCAUUUUGACACCUGUUUCUUGCUAUUGAUCACUCUUUUGUGAAUGCCUUGACAUGCUCAUUUAUUGAACUGAUCUCUGUUCUCUAGUAGCUGCUGGAAGAAUUUGUUUUCUUAAAGAUUUCUGCUCGAUGUUCAGUCAGCAGCUUUAUUUGUCAAAACUCACUGUCCACAACUUCUAAAUUCACCAUUCUACUAUAAUUUAAACCCAAAUUUCAAGCAUAAUUGACCUUUUACGGAUUCUCUUCCUCUAAACCCUUUUGAAAGGAAGAGUUUGUUUAUUGGCAAAUUGUGAGCAAAUACAAAUUUAAGUCACAGCUUGUUCACUCGUUCACUAAACAAAGCUGAGAUCUCUGAAGCUGCCAGCACUGUUUACAGACACGAGACGCGCAGGGCUCCCAAUAUUUUGAUUUGAAAACAGACAUUAUUUUUCCACGUAUGAUUUUUACAUAAAACAGGACAACAGAAGUGCCAAGCUCAAACUAGAAAACAUCUAACAUCUGUUAAAGCUCAUCAAACGUGAAACAUAAAGUUUACAUACAACACUAAAUGUUUACAGACAAAGUUUUUCCAUCACAGUUUCUUACAUGAAUCGUAACUUUUGUGCCAUAAACUCCUCCAAGAAAACUCUUCAGUUGGAGAUAUGUAAGACUCUUUUUGCGGAGCGGUCAUUAUAUUAAAAGGAGUCUCAUUUUAUUUACAGAAAGUGUAAAAAAAAACAAAAAAAAACGUACUGCCUAUUUUGAAGAUUUAGAAUUUUGGCCUAGAGACUGUAGACCAAAAUCAAAUAUCCGACACCUGCUGCCAUAAAACAACUACAUUAUUCUAUAUUUAUAAUCUGUUAAAAGUUUUCAUUUCAGAACAACAGCCAUUCCACAGCCAGUUCGUACAGGGCCUAAAAAACCCUGAAAGACCUCAAUGUUUACAAAAGCUGCUUAAGGGAAGGAUUUGUAUACCAGGAGAAAUGUUUACAUUAAGCUGAAGAAGUGAAAUGCCAAACACAUUCAUACAUUGAUACAUUGCUUGAACUAAGUCAAUCCGCUGAACUCCAAGAGAAACCCUUUGCUCCUGUGCGGUGUGUACAGAACAAGAAAGGGAUCGGUUCAUCGGACUUUUCAUACACAAGGUUUUUAUAAGUCAAGAAGCCGCCGUCUUGGAAAAGGACGCUGACAGUUCACAUUUGGAGCUGUUUAUGUGAUUAUUUUUGUUUUUGUUUUUGACACGACGGCUCCAGAACUUUUGUGAUCAAACGAUGAAACCUGCAACUUUAAGAGCGAUGUUUUGCUCGUCCCUCGCUCUCCUGCUUUUCUCCUGCCUCGCCGUCUCCACGUUAACCGUCGCCACGGAGCGACGCGCUGUCGACAGCGACGUCAGGACUCUGACCGCCGGCGGCAGCUCCGCUGCAGCCGGUAAGAAGAGCACCACCUUGUUCCUCCUGACCGGCUACAAGCCGCCGCUGCCCCCGCUGCCCGCCGGGCCCAAAGUGGCGCCGAAAGCGGCCGAGGUGGAGGACGGCGAUGAUCCACCGGUUGCGGCCGAGCUCCCUCCCAAGCCCCUCCCUCAGACCAUGUUGCCAAGGAACAUGACUGCCGACGCCCUGAAGCCUCCGCUCGGUGCGGCCCAGGUGGCUCCGCCUCCCAGACAGCUGGUGGAUGUGGACGUGUGCAGGGGUUACUUCGACGUGAUGGGGCAGUUUGACACCACGUUCAACUGCUCCAAGGGCAGCUACAUCUACUGCUGCGGUACCUGCCACUACCGGUUCUGCUGCGAGCACCAGAGGAGCCGGCUGGACCAGGAAGCCUGCAACAACUACAUCUCCCCCGUCUGGGCCGACCCACAGGGCCCCGUCACCGUAAACGAGGACAACAAGCCCGACCCGGACUUUGAGACGCUCCAGCAGCAGAACAGCAGCACGGCCUAUGUGAUCGGAGGUGUGAUCUCCUUCACGCUGGUGGUGGCCGUGGGCGUCAGGAUCGCCUUCAGCAAGGUGGCGCGGCGACCCCGCAACAGGGACAUCAACAUGCCCAGAUCACUGGUGGAUAUCUUGCGUCACCAGUCGAGCCCGGUGCAGCAGGGAGAGAGGAACAACACCGCAGUGUUGACCACCACCGCCUCAGACGGACGGACAUCCAAAAACCACUACACCCCCAUCCUGCAGAGCAAAGACAACCGCACUGGGAACAUGCACCACCAUUUUAACCAGCAGGGGUCUGCCUCCAGCCCCAAACACUCUGCUACCAUCGAGCGUGGAGCCCGUAUGAACAACACCUCCCAGCUCUCCUCUGGAGCCACCCUGCUUUCAGGCGGCGGUAAAGGUCCCGGUGGUGGUGGCGGCAGCAUCCUCGGCGGGAGCAUGAGACACAACAGCAGCCACCCGAACUUCUCCCACUCCUUCCACAACCUGGCCCAGCUGCCGCCGUCCUACGAGUCGGCCAUGAAACCUGAGAUCAACCGCUACAGCUCCCUGAAGAGGCUGGAGAAAGAACUUGACGAGUACUCCAGCUACUACAACUCCAAGCGUCGCUCCAACAACGCUCCGCCCUCCUUCCACUCCUCGCAGCACUACCUGCCCUGGGGAGGAGACUACACGCUGGGAUCCCGGGGCACGCUGCCCCUCCACGGCUCCCGGCCCCGCCUCCACAUCCCCGCCUCCACCCCGAACCCGUACCCGCUGCCCGCCCAGUCGCAGUACACCAGCUCCUCCUUUGACAGGCCGCCGCGCCGCGUCCGCUCCCAGGACCAGCUGCUGGCGCUCGGGGAGGGCAACACGCUGUCCCGCCUGUCCAAGAACCAGCAACACCAGUACUACAAAGCCAUGAUGAGCACCAGCAGGGGCUCCAACUCGCAGACGCUCCGCAGGUCCCAUGAGAGGCUUCUGGUCUCGCCUGACCGUCUGGAGGACCGGCUAAUGAUGGGCCUGAUGGCCGGAGGAGGAGGAGGCGACCGAGCGGGAGGAAGCGGGAUGGUGCCCACUAUGGGCCGGCUCAGCCACCAACAGAAGACCCAGUCGCAGCAGAACAUCUGCGCCACGCCGUCCCUGGAGCGCCACCACAUGAUCAAGAUGAACUCCCACCCAACGCCAGGCCACGACCGUGACCGUGACCGUGACCGUGACCGUGGCAGUUCCGCCGGCAUGCCUGUGAUGGGCAUGCCCGGCGGCUGGGACCCCCACGGGGGCCACGGGGGCCACGGCGGAGGCGGCGGCGGAGCGGGCCACCCCAACGCCCGGCGGAUGGCUUUCGCCAGCAAGAGGCAGAACACCAUCGAACAGCUGCACUUCCUCCCCGGAGGCGGAGGAGUGCAGGGACUGCGGACUGGGAGUAAGAACGAGGUGACAGUGUGAGAGGACGGGGUAGGGAAAGAGAGAGGAAGAUGAAGAGUGUGAGUAGAGAGGUGAAGGCCGAAGCUGUGAAGAAGGUCAAGAGGCAUUUAGUGGGAAGAUGAAGUGGAGAGAUGGGGCCGGAAAUAGAAAAGAGGUUUGAUCUCAGCUGGCUGCCUCACAGGGCUGCACAAACAGACCCCCCCCCCUCCCCUCACCUCCAUAAAACAAAAAAGUGGUGGACAUUAAUCUCAUAGUGAGUAUAGCCAAUUGAUUUCCUCCUCGUCACUUUGUGUGUUUUUAAAAAGAGAAUAUUCAGCCAUUCUUCGAAAAGGGAAGACAGAAAUGUCCACUUAAAAAGAGCAAAAAAAUAUCAUGAAUGCAGCUCAAAGGCUGCGGGGUAUUCGCUGUGACUUUUAUUGAAGGAUACCCACUGAGUCAAACUUGUUGAAUUGUCCUUGAGUUUUAUUGCACUGUCCUCUGAGUCCUUGAGAGCGCUGACAGAGAUUCAUCUGUCUUUGAAUCCACUGUGGAAGAUAGAGCGCGCAGAGGCAGACGGGUUUGCUUGUCUUUGUAUUUAUGAUAAAGUGUUGCAAGUUGCUUUUGUAUGAAAUUAACCUGAUAUUAAUAAUAAUAGUAUUAACAUUACUGAGCCCUGUAAGACUUUGUGUAACAUAUUUAUCCUUUAGCCAGCCAGUUUGUAACUUAAAGGCUGGAAAAUAUGACCUUUCUCUAGUUGUGAUUGGACUAUCAUCGAAGUUAAAAACAUUGUCUGCAAAAAUAAUCUAAACAAGUACAAUUAGUCUGUCACUUGAUUGCCUUCAUGGCUUGAUUUACUCUUGGAAAAAAAUUAAGACCUACAUGGACACAAGCUGCUGUCAUAAAGGCCCAGUCACACCAGCAUUUUAACAGCAACAAUUUGUCUGCAAAAUCCAUCCAAAUGAAAUUGCUGCUACUAAUGAAUUCAACGUAUUGUCCCGUUUGCAAGCAAGCUAACACCCCGUCAGUCAGCAAAAAGCUUGCUGGUUCAGAAACCUUGUAUCCCUCUUCAAUAAAACACACUUUAUUGACUGAAAUGAUGUAAAAAUCCUGAGAACCAAAAGCCAGCGUGGACACAACGGAAAUAGAAAGAAGCGCAGGGAGCUGUUGUGUCCAACUAGCGCUAGCAUGCUUGCUAGCGUGUUAGCAGUUAGCCCAUUUAGCGACAGCAGUCCACCAGCUAGCCCAGCGAGCGGUCACUAUGUCUUGACGUGCAGAUUAAUUCCGCUGUGCCACGUUCUGGAGUGACCGGGCCUUCAAAGUCAAAUCCACUCAGCGGUAUGAUUUUUCAGCUUAACUUUGUACAGUGAACUCUAGUGGGUGUAUAUCAUCUAUGAAACAUUGUGCUGUGACCCUUUGCGUAAUAAUUAGUAAAAAAAAAAAGAAGAAAAGGUUUUGACCAAAACAUCCCUCAAACACUGUUUUCAUUGUGAGUUUGUAGACGAGUCGAGGGUUUCUUUGUGCCUCUGACUGGCAUUCAGCCAAGCCUCCCGUGCUUCUACGACUUCCACAUGCUACCUGCAAGUUGAGCUGCUCACCUCGUAUAAAGGGAAAGGGGGGGCAGAGGGGGACAAUGGACACUUCACACCAAGGGCUAUACCGAAUUAUCUUUGUGUGUCUGUGCUCUGUACAGCGUCUGCUUCUCAUUUUCAUUUCGUGUCAGGAGGCAUGCUUGUGCAUAUGUUUUUUAUUUUUUUUUCUUCUUGUGUAGAGAGAAAAUAUGAACACGUAAGGAGAUUCUGCAAAGCAAAAGGAACUCUUGCGCAACACGACCAUGAUUACUUUCUUUUAAUUUAUUUUUUUCUGGCUGUGAGAUGGACCUUCCAGGCGUUGGGGCUGGAUCUUCCCUUUUCAUGGGGUUUGAUGGGACUCAUGAGGCCUUGUUGGAGGUUUUCAGCCUACCCUCGAUAAAGACAGACAUUGAUUGAUUACUGAGCGAAGCUUCCUGCCAGCCGUUUUUAAUCUUUUUCCUACGAUACAUGUGCUCAUGUUAACGGUUUAUAAUCAUAUGUGUAAAGACCCCCGCCCCCCCCCCCCCCUCCCUGAUCAGACGAUGAACGCUCUUAUUUCUUUUCUUUAUUUUAUUUAAACAUGUAUUUAUUUUUUUAAUCUCUGUGAAUUUUAAUGUAUAACCCCCUCCCCCCCCUGAUUUUCAAUAUUCAAACUUUCUAGUGGAAUUAAAAAAGAAAAGAAAAGGAAAAAAAAAAAAAACAACCAUUUGUAUUCUUGAACAAAAAGAGCUGAUGCAAUCAAAGAGAAAAGAGGAAACCGCAUGACGAUGUCAGAAGCCAGUGUUGAUGAUGUCAUAGUGCUGACUUAUGAUGUCACGGCGUGUAUGUGUGUAAAUGUACAUGCGUCGGUUUUAAUUUGAGUGUGCCCGUGUGUGUGUGUGUGUGUGUGUGUGUGUGUGUGUGUGUAACUCUCUCAGUGUCUUUCUUCUUCUUCUUCUUCUUCUUCUUAGGAAUGCUGAACCUCAUUUUUUUUUUUUUUUUUUUUUGACCAAACUUCGGGGGCCGUGUCUUCAGCUCGCGAAGACGAUUUAAAGACCCGAGUCGCGGCCGUUACGUGUUCAUAUCAACUUGUGAUGAAAUUGAAAAGGCCUGUCGUCGUUUAAUUUUUUUAAAAAAAUUCAAAAAAAAAAAAGGGUGGGGACUUUGACCAAUCGCAGCUUCUCUUGUCGAGCUACGUUCACCAAAGCGAGGACUUUUCAAACGUGAAAAUUUAAAAUUAUCGAAGGCUUAUAUCGUGUCAAGUUUUUUUGGUAUUUGAAUAGAAGUGAAACAGCCGAGUGUAUCGAUUGUGACGUCACACAUCACUCGGCUGAUGAGUUUGUGUCGCUGCUAAAUAUGUAUCUUCAAAAAGGCGAUUUUAUUUUUUUUUUUUUCUCUUUUUUCUCCCAUGAACUCAUUUGUGCUCAUUUUACCAGAACUUUGAGGGCACAAAAGGUAUUUACAGUAUUAACAGCGUCUUUAAGAGUCCCAUUGCUGUGUUUCCUUUAGCGCCAGCAGCUGUGGCUGAAGUGUGUCGUGGAGGAGAAUGUAUUGUGACUUGGAACUGAUAAAGGCGCCGUGGUUUUUACCAUGAGAAAACAUCUCAUCAACUUUUAAAAGGGAACGAGGCAAAAAAAAAAAAGAGGGAAAUGUAAAUGACACGUGGAAAUUCAGUUGCAUUUUUAAUGUCUCAUUUCUCAUACCUUCUAAGGUCUGAUACAGAUGUUAUGUUGUAAUCCAUGUUCAGUUAAUUGCUUCCCUGAUAAAACUGUGCGUGUGGGUGUGUGUGUGUGUGUGUGUGCGUGUGUGUGUAAACCACUGGGAGGGGGAGGCAUGGGCAUAUUUGUAUUCUCAAAGCUACUCUGCAUACCUCAAAUUGUAUGAUACAUUUAUUUAUUACAUCCCCUUAUAUGUCUAAUUCCAAGAAUAUCCAGACCAAGGUCUCACAGAUGUGCAACCCUUUUGUUAUCGGUGAUCAGUUCUUGCGUUUGUAGAAACCAUACUGUUUAAUUGAUAAUAACAAUAAAUUAAAAAAAAUCCCACUUA